UCUCUCGGUGUACCAUCCAUUGACAAUUAUUUUUCUUCUUCUUUCUUUUCCCUCCCCUUCAAAAAUUGCAGAAACAAAAUGCAAGAUUACCAUAAUCCCAACCCAAAUAAACAAGUUCUUUAACCAUUUAAAUCAACAAAGUUGAUAAAUUUUAAUUACAAUUUACAAACCCAUAUCUAUAAAGUCAAAUUUCUUUCCAUUCAAAAACAAUAACCCAAUUUCUUAUCACUAAAUACAAAAGAGCCGGCGUGGUGAUCUAGAGUAAUGAGAGCAGAUGUAAAAGCUCAAUUUCUUAUCACUAAAUGCAAUCGUACAUGUAUAGAAUGUGCAGAUCUUGUUGGGUUCUUGAUUGAUCAUUAUAUUGCUUAGAAUCAUCCCACUCAAGUUGGUAUGGAGGAAGAGAUUGGGGUAGAAGUGUUUUACGAGACUCGUACCCACGCCUCAAGGCCAUACAUUUCCAAUUACCCUCCUCAAUCUCCGAAGAGCAACGAAGGCGGUAAAGGGAUUUUAUCAUCCCUCUUUUCUGCUCCAGGUAUAUGUCAAAUUAAGAAGUGGAGAGAGUACAGGAGUCCAGUAAAAAUCAAGAAGCCUAUAUCUUUGAUUAUCUCUCCAAGCGGUGAGAGAGUGGCUGUUGCUACUGGGAGUCAGAUUACUAUUUUGCGGAAGGAGGAUGACUACCAAGAGCCAUGCGGCACUUUUAUGAGCUUGCUUGGUAUGCUUUCUUUUGGAGUUUGGUCAGAAUCUCAUGAUAUUCUUGGAAUUGCCGACAACAAUGAUACACUCUAUUUUAUCAAAGUAAAUGGUGAAGAGAUCACAAGAGUAACAAAGAGACAAUUAAGAGUGGCUUUUCCAAUCAUAUGUAUGAUUCCGCAGGACAAUACUGAUGCACAUGAAUCUUGUCUGUGUAGCUUCAUCAUUCUUACAGCAGAUGGAUUCCUUCAUCAUAUUGAGAUUAGCCAACAGCCAACUCCCUCUAUUUCUAUCAGGCAGACAUUAAAUAAUGUGUUAACAAUUAGGAGACAGUUCCCCAAGGAUGUUUACUGCUUUGACUAUGAUCCUGCACAUUCUUUGCUUCUUGUUGUUGGAAGUGCUGUUAGCACCUCAAUAGCCUCUAGUGGAAAUUCUGGAUCUUGUCAACUUUCUCUUUGGCGUAGAUGUCCAAAUGUAGAUCUAGAGCUAUUGUCCUCUGUUCAAUUUGAAGGCUUAUAUCACAAAUCAAAAGACUUUUUAGGUCAGAUAGCAUAUCCAAAGGUGCUAAUGUCACCAGAAGGCAAUUUCGUUGCUACUUUAGAUAUAUCAGGAUGCUUGUACAUCUUUAAGCUGGAUAAAGAACAGAGUUCACUUUCUAGCAUUGCUGUUGGAGGGAGAUUUGGCUCACAGGUGAUCGAUAACUUGACGAACAGGCAUAAAGAAUUCUUAAAUGAUAAUAUUGAUUUUACAUGGUGGUCUGAUCAUAUUGUGACUCUUGCAAGGAGGGGUGGUGUAUUUACUAUGCUUAAUAUCCUUGCUGGCUUACAGCUUCAAAAGAGUGAUCAUAUAUAUUCGAUGCCUGUUUUAGAUAGAGUACAAAAGCUUCAGGGACACUUGUUUCUUGUGGAGAGCAAAUCAUUUGAAGAGGGAAAAAGUUUGUAUAAUCAUAAUGGAGAAUCCACAGGUGUGCAUCUUUUAGAGCAAGUCAAGGAAGGUACAAGUAAUCAACAUGAUUUUUCCAAGUUGCGUUGGAGAUUGGUGUCAAUUUCACAAAGAUCUGUUUCUGAAAUGUAUGAUGUUCUUAUUAGCAACCAUAAAUAUCAGGCAGCCUUGGACUUUGCCAAUCAGCAUGGAUUGGACAGAGAUGAAGUUUUAAAAUCACAGUGGUCGCAUUCUUGCCAAGGAGUAAAUGAUAUAAAUUUGUUUUUAUCAAACAUUAAAGAUCAUGGUUAUGUACUUUCUGAAUGCGUACACAAAGUAGGACCAACAGAAGAUGCUAUGAAAGCAUUACUUGCUUAUGGACUACACGCAACUGAUCAGCACCGUUUUUCGGUAGCAGAAGAUCAUCAAAGGAGCGAAAUUUGGGAUCUCCGUUUGGCUAGGCUUCAGUUAUUGCAAUAUAGAGAUCGGCUAGAGACGUACCUGGGAAUAAACAUGGGAAGGUUUUCUAUGCAGGAGUAUAGUAAAUUUCGUGUUAUGGCUCUAAGUGAAGCUGCUGUAACACUUGCUGAAAGUGGCAAAAUUGGUGCCCUAAACCUCCUUUUUAAACGCCAUCCUUAUUCUCUUUCUCCUUCUAUGCUGCAAAUAUUAGCUGCUGUCCCUGAAACUGUUCCUGUUCAAACAUAUGGGCAGCUUCUUCCUGGAAGGUCCCCUCCUACUGCUGUUUCUCUAAGGGAAGAAGAUUGGGUCGAAUGCAAAGAGAUGUUAAGCUUUAUCAACAGGUUACCUGAGAACCAUGAAUUAGGUAGUCAGAUUAGAACUGAGCCCAUUGUCAAAAUGUGCACAGGAUACAUUUGGCCAUCACCUAAUGAACUUUCUUUAUGGUAUAUGAAUAGAGCUAGAGAUAUUGAUUGCUACAGUGGUCAGCUAGACAAUUGCCUCUGCCUGGUUGACUUGGCUUGUCAGAAAGGUAUCUUUGAGUUACAGCAGUUUCACAAGGAUAUUUCUUACUUGCAUCAGCUUAUUUAUUCUGAUGAGAGUGAUAGAGAAGUAGGCGUUAAUAUUUGUCUUUCGGAGUGGGAACAAUUAUCUGAUUAUGAGAAGUUCAGAGUGAUGCUCAAGGAAGUGAAAGAGGAAAAUGUGGUAAAAAAGUUGUGUAACAAGGCAAUUCCUUUUAUGCAUGAUAGGUUUCACCCCUCGGCUUCUGUUAGUCAAAAUCAGGCUAAGGAUGGUCGUCUUUCCUUACACUACAAGGAUGAGGCAUUUCUAGUGAGAUGGCUUAAGGAAAUUGCUUUGGAGAAUAAAUUAGACAUAUGCUUGAUGGUUAUUGAAGAAGGGUGCACAAACUUGGCUAGUAACGGUUUCUUCAAGGAUGAGAUUGAAGCUGUGGACUGUGGUCUGCAAUGUGUAUAUUUAUGCACAAUCACAGAUAGAUGGAGCACAUUGGCUGCCAUAUUGUCAAAGCUUCCACGAAAGCAAGUUGACCUUACAGAUGCUGAAAUGUAUACAAAUGGUCUUGAGGAACGUCUUAAAGUUGCUGAAGGUCAUAUUGAAGCUGGGAGGCUCUUGGCAUUUUACCAGGUCCCAAAACCAAUGAACUUCUUCCUGGAGGCUCAUGCAGAUGAAAAAGGUAUAAAACAGAUUCUCCGCCUUAUGCUUUCGAAAUUUGUUCGGCGACAACCAGGUCGAUCAGAUAAUGACUGGGCAAGCAUGUGGCGGGAUAUGCAAAACUUGCGAGACAAGGCUUUUCCUUUUCUUGAUCCGGAGUACAUGUUAACAGAAUUCUGCAGAGGACUUUUGAAAGCUGGGAGAUUUUCUCUUGCAAGAAAUUAUCUUAAAGGUACAAGUUCAGUAGCACUGGCAUCAGAGAAAGCAGAAAAUCUUGUUAUUCAAGCUGCACGUGAAUUUUUCUUUUCAGCUUCUAGUCUCUCUUGCUCAGAAAUAUGGAAGGCUAAGGAAUGCCUAAAUUUAUUUCCAAGUAGCAGACUUGUUAAAGCAGAGGCUGAUACAAUUGAGGUACUCACUGUUAAACUUCCAAGCCUUGGAGUUACUCUUCUGCCUUUGCAAUUCAGGCAGAUAAAGGAUCCUAUGGAGAUUGUGAAAAUGGCAAUCAUCAGUCAAACUGGAGCUUAUCUACAUGUUGACAAACUCAUUGAGGUUGCUAAACUCCUGGGUUUGAACUCUCCAGAGGAUAUAGCAGCUGUUGAGGAAGCUGUUGCUAGAGAAGCUGCCGUAGCUGGUGAUCUGCAAUUGGCAUUUGAUCUCUGCCUUGUUUUGGCUAAAAAGGGACACGGUCUCAUUUGGGAUUUGUGUGCUGCAAUAGCCAGGGGUCCUGCCCUUGAAAAUAUGGAUGUAAGCGCUCGAAAGCAGCUAUUAGGUUUUGCUUUGAGUCACUGUGAUGCAGAAUCAAUUGGUGAGCUUCUGCAUGCAUGGAAGGAUCUGGACAUGCAAGGCCAAUGUGACACUUUGUUGAUGUCAACAGGGAUGAGUUCCCCUAAGGUUCCAGCUCAAGACUCCUCAAUUAUGUCUCUGUCAGUUCAUGGUAUUCAGGAUAUUGUUGACCUCAAAGAUUGCUCCAAACUGGUUGAUGGAGAAAGUGUUCAUGAUCAUGAAGCUUACAUAAGUAAAGUAAAAAGUAUACUUUCUUUUGUUGCUAAAAACUUGCCCAUGCAGAAUGGAACUGAUUUGGAAUCUUUCUUGAGGGAGAAUGGAAAGAUUUUUUCUUUUGCUGUUUUCCAACUUCCAUGGUUGCUUGACUUGAGUGGGAAAUCAGGAAAUGAUAAGAGACUUGUUUCUGACUUUGUUUCUGGAAGACAAUUUUGGAGCAUACGCACACAAGCCCUGGUAACUAUUCUCUCCUGGUUGGCAAGAAAUGGUUUUGCUCCCAAAGAUGAUGUUAUUGCCUCUCUGGCAAAGUCAAUUAUAGAACCACCUGUUACAGAAGAGGAGGACAUCAUGGGGUGCUGCUUCUUGUUAAAUCUUGUGGACGCCUUUAGUGGAGUAGAAGUAAUAGAAGAGCAGCUGAGAAUAAGGAAGAAUUACCAAGAGAUUUGCAGUAUCAUGACUGUGGGGAUGAUUUACAGUUUAUUGCAUAAUUUUGAAGUUGAGUGCAAUGAUCCGUCUCAGAGGAGGGAGCUGCUGUUCGGGAAAUUUAAAGAGAAGCACACGCCAUUUAGUUCGGAUGAGAUCAACAAAAUUGAUGAAGUACAGUUGACAUUCUGGAGGCAAUGGAAGCUCAAAUUAGAAGAAAAAAGGCGUGUAGCUGAACAUUCUAGAUUAUUGGAGCAAAUCAUUCCUGCGGUUGAAACCGGGCGUUUUCUGUCUGGUGACCGCAAAUAUAUUGAGAGUGUUGUUUUUUCCCUGAUAGAUUCAAUAAAGAUGGAAAAGAAGCGCAUUGUGAAGGAUGUCUUGAAAUUAGCGGACACAUAUGGCUUAAAUCAUACUGAGGUGCUCCAGAGAUACCUAAGUUCAAUUCUUGUCUCUGAGUUUUGGACUGAUGAUGAUAUUAUGAUGGAAAUCGCAGAAGUCAAAGCAGAUAUAAUUGAUUGUGCUUUGGAAACUAUCGAAACCAUUUCUGUGGUUGUGUACCCUGCGAUUGAUGGGCACAAUAAACAGCGUCUUGCUUAUAUAUAUGGCCUACUCUCUGACUGCUACUUGCAGCUAGAGGAAACGAAACAAUCAUUAAUUCACCCUUGUUCCUCAAAUUUAUCCACUCUUGAUUUGGCUCGCUUAUACAAGGUCUUUGAGCAAGAAUGUCAAAGGGUAUCUUUUAUUAAGGACCUAAACUUCAAGAACGUUGCUGCAUUAGAUGGUUUAAAUUUGCAAUCUUUACGAAGUGAAGUGUAUGCACACAUAAAUGAACUUAACUUGGAAGCAUUGGCAAAAAUGUUACAGACAUUGGCAGGUAUCUACACUGAUUCAUUGCCUGAAAAUCUUGUGUUAUGGCAAGAUGUGUAUAAACAUUAUGUGCUAAGUUUGUUGAAGACAUUGGAAAAUAGAACGACAAUGGAAUUCAAUUUUGUGAACCCUGAAACAUUUCAGGAGUUUAUUAUUCAACUUGAGCACACAUAUGAUUUUUCUCAUAUGUAUAUCAGACUAUUGGCGCCAUCUGAUGCCUUGGAAAUUAUAAAGCGGUACAUAACUAUGAUAGUACCCCUGCAUGGUUCUUAUGGGAGUAUUCCAGAUAACUCAACAUGGCAGGAUUGCCUCAUAAUCCUUUUGAACUUUUGGCUUCGAUUGACUGAAGAAAUGCAAGAAAUUGCAUCCGGUGAGUGUUUGGACAAAGUUGGGUUUGAUCCAGAAUGUUUAUCAAGUUGCUUGAAGGUCUUAAUGAGGCUGGUGCUGGAGGACAGUGUAACACCAAGCCAAAGCUGGGGCAGCAUUGUUGGCUAUGCCAUUUGUGGCUUAAAUGGUAAUUUUUCUGUUGAGAUUCUGAUUUUUUGCAAAGCAAUGGCAUUUUCUGGCUGUGGGUUUGGAGCAAUUUCAGAAUUAUUCUUAGAAGCAAUAUCGCAGUGUGAUAUCAGUUCAACUCCAUCAGCUGACUCUGAAUCCCAAGAUCUUCUUCAUCUUUAUAUAAAUAUGUUGGAACCCAUAUUAAAAGACUUGGUCAGUGGAACCUGCGAACACCAGAAUUUGUAUCAUUUACUAUCUUCACUGAGCAAAUUGGAAGGUCAACUAGAUGAUUUGCAAAGUGUCAGACAGGCAGUUUGGGAGAGGAUGGCCCAGUUCUCUGAUAAUUCACAGCUACCAAGUCAUGUUCGAGUUUAUGUUCUUGAGCUUAUGCAGUUGAUCAGAGGUAGAAAUAUUAAGGGUUUCUCAACAGAGCUGCAGUCCAAAGUUUUACCAUGGGAAGGGUGGGAUGAGUUGCUUUCUACAAGUAUAAAGAGCGAGAUUAAUGCCAAUCAUUUACUGCUACAUCAUACAGAUGCUUCUAGUCAAUUAACAAGUACUUUAGUUGCUCUUAAAUCAUCUCAGCUUGUGGCCGCCAUAUCCCCUAGCAUAGAAAUUACUCCUGACAAUCUCUUGAAUGUGGAGACAGCUGUCUCUUGCUUCUUGAAGUUAUGUGAUGUUUCCAAUUCAGAUACUCAUGUUGAGGUGUUGCUAGCCAUUGUGGAAGAGUGGGAAGGGUUCUUUGUAGUGGGAAGAGAUGAAAUCAAGCCUUCAGAAACAACUGAAGCAGUAAAUGACUGGAACAAUGAUGACUGGGAUGAAGGAUGGGAAAGCUUUCAGGAAGUAGAUUCUCUUGAAAAAGAGAAAAUAGAAAACUCGCUUUCUAUUGAUCCUUUGCAUGUGUGCUGGAUGGAGAUUUUCAAAAAACUUAUUGCAAUAUCACGGUUCAAUGAUGUUUUAAGACUGAUUGACCAUUCCUUAACAAAAUCUAACCGAAUAUUGCUGGAUGAAGAUGGUGCCAAGACAUUGAGUGAGGUUUUACUGGAAAUGGAUUGUUUUGUGGCUUUGAAGCUGGUGCUUCUUCUGCCUUAUGAAGCGUUACAGUUUCAGUGUUUGGCUGUGGUUGAAGACAAGUUUAAACAAGGAGGUAUCUCUGAAACAGUUGGCAGGGACCAUGAGUUCUUCAUUCUUGUAUUGUCCUCAAAGAUUAUAUCAGUUAUAAUAACCAAGUCUUCAUACGGCACUAUUUUCUCCUUUCUCUGCUAUCUGGCAGGCAAUUUGUCUCGCCAGUGUCAGGAGUCCCAGUUAUUUAGGAUCAUGGAGAAAGAAAAGACUGAAUCUGUAGAUACAGAAAAGGACUUCUUAUUCCUUUUCCGAAGAAUACUGUUCCCCUCUUUCAUAUCGGAGCUUGUGAAGGCUGACCAGCAUAUCCUUGCAGGAUUCCUUGUUACAAAGUUUAUGCACACAAAUGCUUCUCUGAGUCUUGUUAAUGUUGCUGAAGCUAGUCUAGCUAGAUACUUAGAGAGGCAGCUCCAUGCACUGCAGCACGAUGAGUUUGCUGUGGAUGACAUAAGUUCAUGCAAGUUGCUGAAGAAUACCGUUUCCAAAUUGAGAGGCAAGUUGGGAACUGGGAUUCAGUCUGCAUUGGCAUUACUUCCUGCAAAUGUUAGAUAAGAAGGCUUAUUACAGAAGAUUUUCAUGUUAAGAACAGGCACUUGUAUGCAUUAUUUCAUACAUAAGCGUUGACAUUUUAACUUAGAAGUUUUGUUCUUGAGCUAGUGCCAAAAGUAGGAGAAUUACUCUUGUGCUUUAGAUGAUAGCUAUGCAAUGUGUUGGAAAAAAAAACGACAGAACUAAAUUUUCUUUUUCCUAUAACAAUGUGUAUUUUUGCAGAUAUUUAAGAAGUGAGCAGAAAUUCGACCUCCUUUUGUCAAGUUGAGGGCAAUAAAGACUUGCGAGGGAUUGGGGGAA